AUGGGCCUUACAUUUAACUGGAUAGUAUUACAAUCAUUCCUAGCAGAAGGGCUAUGCACUGCGCUGUUUGCCUUUGCAGUGUACUCUGUAGUCACUGGUGUGAAUAUCACGCCGUGUGCAGAUGGAGUAGCAAAUAUUGCUGUUACACUAACAAUUGCACUAACCAGUGUUGCAAUUAUUUAUGCAUUUAUGGACAUAACCAUAGCACACUUUAAUCCAGCAAUUACUCUUGCUGCGAUAGUCACAGGAAAGCUGCCUAUUUUCAUGGGGCUCGGGUAUAUAAUUAUGCAGGCGUGCGGUGCCAUGCUUGGAUCUGCAGUAAUGCUGCUUACAAAGCCAGGAUCAUCAUCUGAGCUGCUUGGGUACACUCGGUCAACUCUGGGCCCAAAUGCCAGCAUAGGAAAUGCAAUUUUAACAGAGAUAAUUCUUACAGGUAUACUUACGUAUGUUGCAUUUUCUGUGGCCAUCAAUGUGUUCAAUCCCCCCACUCAGGUAAAGAUUGAGGUGCCAGAUGAGGUUGAGGACAAUGAUAAGUUGCGCGUAGUCACCUCACAGGCACCAAACAGAUCAGCAUUUGCCCCCAUUGCAAUUGGGUUUACUCUGGGGUUCUUGUCUCUUCUGGGUAUUGGCUCUAGUGGUGGUGUGUUUAACCCUGCAAUCACUCUGCCAGGUACACUGUUCUCUGGCGUGUGGAGAGAUGUAUGGGUGUACUGGGUCGGACAAUUCGUUGGUGGCAUAGGAGGUGCUCUUCUGCACGUAUGGAUAUUCGCUAAGACCGUAUAAUAAAUAUAGUAUUUACUACAUAAAGCAUUAUUACCCCCCUUCCUUUCAGCGCACAAACAAGUGCCUAACCCGCAUCAAUGCGAGAGAAACACAACUCACACUGCGCAGAAGAAUGCUUGAAGUAUCUGUGUAUAUUUCUAUGCAGUAUGCAUCUGUCUAUUACGAGCUAAUAGACUCCUAUUACCAUUGUAAAUGCGCAUACCCCGAAAUACAGGUAAGAAAUCACAAAUAAUAUAGAAAGUUCUAAUAUUUACAACAGAUACGUUGGUAUAUGUCCUAGCAGCAGAUUCAC